AUGCAAACAGUCCCCAGCACCAGCACCAUUUCAUCGUUCCGGCCCCUCGCGCAGCCACGCGGGCUCCUGAAGGCGGGGCUGGAGGUGCUGGCCCGGCCUGGGCUGGCCUGCUUCUUCCUUGGACCCCCGCCCACCCCGGGUCAGGGUCGUGUGCCCCCUUCCCCACCCCCACAGGGGCUGCUGCUCAAGUUCCGGAGACAAGGGGGCCCCCUCGUCACCACCCGCGGACACCGAGGACCCCGCCUUCUGCAGGAGCUGGCCCAGGAUCUGGGCUCAGGGCGCAGCGAUGGCUCCCGGCCCCUCAACCUGCCCCUGCUCUGCCCCGGACCCCCGAUCCUUCCACCCCUCCCCACAGGCAGAGACUGCGGCCACGCCCCCCGCCCUGUGCUCCGGGGGAACAGCAGUGCUCACCAGGCGGGAGCGGAGUUCCACGCCACACGUCCCUGCUGGGCGGGGCAGCCGGGGGCGCGGGCUGCACAGAAGCGCCGGGCGGCCCUGGCUGAAGUCCCCGGUCACCCACGGGCCCCCCGCCAGCCGGGGGCUGUCCUGGAACCACAGGGGCCGCUGAGGAAGGGCCUGGCUGCGGCCCCCCGGCCCCCGCGGGCCAGGACCUCAGUCCCACACUGCCUCUCAGGGGCGGGACACAGCCGGCAGGUGCGACUUCCGUACCUGUGCUACAGGUGCGGAUGCGUGGCCCAGACAGACGGCUGGCGCCCUGUCCUGGCCGACGGGAUCCUGGGCCUGGCGUCCCGGCCUGCUGUCUGCUCAGGCCUGGCUAAAGGUCUGGAACCACCCCCCCCACCCCAACCCCGGCAUCAGGGGGCCAGGCCUCCUACCCCUCCUUCCGGCCCUGGGGGCCUUGGUCUGACACAGGUCCUGCCCCAGCCCGAGGCAGCCGUGGCCCAGUGGGGACCCCCAGGGGUAUCCCCGGACUCAGCUGGUUGGAGCAGGUCCACAGGCGUCCACAGCCGCGUCCGUGCCUCAGGCCGGCUGCCCCCCAGCCUGGCAGGCCCAGGCCCACCCCUCCCCGUCAGCCACGCUCCAGAGGCUCCUGGGGAGGUCAAGGCUGGCCCCCGGGAGCAGUCCCCAGAGAGGGGGGAUCUGACCCCCAAACUGGCCUCGGAGGUGCCGUGGGUCCCGCCCCUGGGGCUCCUGGUGAACGUGGCCCCUCCACCUCCCAGGAGCCCACCCUCUGCCCUGGGGACCCUCGUGUUCUGCCAACUGCAGGCCAAUUGGGCUGAGCUGGGCGGCGGGCGGCACCUGGGGCCACCCCCAGGGAUCCCUGUGCCCCCACCGCUGCCCCUGCCCCGCCGUCUGAGGCUUGGCCGGGCGGCAGUGGGCUCGGCUCCCACGCUGGGCAGAAGGGAGGCCUGGAGGCGGAGCCGCCACAGGGCAGGGGCCCCGUCACUCAGGGCCCCACACGGCCUGCAGGGCCUAACCUGGGCCCCCAGGCAGAGCCCGGACAAGGGCCUGGGCAGCAAUCUGUCUCUGAGGCCUCAGGCAGCGUGCCCAGGGCAGGUGAGAAAGCCGAUGGAGGCUCGUGGCCAAGCUGCCCUCAGCCCCGAGUCUUCCCGGGCCUGCUCGGUGGCCCCAGGAAGUACCCACUGGGCAAAUGCGUUCUCCCCACAACAGGGCCUCCAAGGGAAUCCCGUGCGGGCGGGACUCCAGUCUGCUUCCCACGCUGCAGCCAAGCUCACGCCUCCCUCUCCUCCGCCCUCUACCCGGGCCCACCGCCCGCAGCCCGCAGCGGGGCCCCUGUGGCAGGGAGGCGCGGGAGCUUCUUCAGACCCACGCCGUGCGGGGGGCGGCGGCUGCCCCGGGAGCGCGGGAGCCACGCAGCAGGAACGUGACGAGGACGUGCCACCAGGCGCUGCCUGGUCACAAGCACGUGGCGGGACGGACGAGAAAGCACGGAUCCCCUCCCUCGAGACACAGGACUCCGGGGAGGGGCGCGGGGGUGCGCUCACGGCCUCUGGGAGCAGGGGUGGGGCAGGGGGCCGAGGGAGGUGGGCUGCAGGGAGGGACUGCCCGGCCCGGGGCGCAUCCCCCGGGGGCACCGCUCAGCCAGGCUCCCGCGCACGCGCGGUGGGGCGGCCCCUCAGAGCGGGGGGGCAGCCAGGCCAGGGGCCCUGGGGUAACAGAGGGGCCGGCAGCACGGGGAGGCCCACCCUGGGCGGGGCCCCUAACCUGAGCCGCUCCCCAGACCCCGGCCCCCCAGGACCACACGCCCUUCGGCGGGGCAGGGCCGGCAGUGCGCCCCGUGCAGGGUUCGGGUCUCUGGGCCUCAGGGGCUCACUGGACGGGACACGCGCGGUCCCCGGAACAGCCCCACUCGGGGUCUGCGGCCUGCAGGGUAGGGCCCCGGGGCGUCGCCUCACCAGCACGGGGCGGCGGAGGGGGCGCCACACCGAGGACCUGGGGGUGCCGGGCCCUGAGCCGGGGCCCAGCGCGACGGGGACGUGCGACCUUGGGCCGAUGUAG